AUAUUAGCACAAUGAAAUCUAUCCUUGUUUAUCACUACAGUCGAAAUGAGCUUGUUGGUGGGCGUUGUAUGCAAACAGUGAGUAGAGAAAAACAUUGAAUCUAAUCUUUAGACAACAGUAUUCAGCUGUUAACGGAUAAAAGUAAGCUACAGCAGCAUAAGCACAGCGGAAUUAUGCUCGACAAACAGGUGUGCCUUCGCUGGGGCAAUCACAAGUGCGCUCUGGCCACAACAUUGCCUGUGUUGUUGGAAAAGCAGGCGCUGGUAGAUUGCACGCUGGCAGCCGGAGGCCGAUUUCUUUCCGUCCACAAAUUCGUUCUCUCAGCCUGCAGCACGUAUUUCGAGGCGCUUGUCUCACAGAACUACGAUAAACAUCCCGUCUUUCUUCUGAAAGAUGUAACGUUUGAUGAUCUUCACGCCAUAGUGGAUUAUAUGUACCGCGGAGAGGUGAAUCUUGCGCAGAAAAAUUUGUCUUCUUUUCUCCGGACGGCCGGAUUUCUGGAAAUUAAGGGCUUGUCGGGAUGUAAAGAUUUAUUGGAGCGUGAAAAAGCAUCAGAUGAUUCGACUAACGCUGUAGAGAAAGCCGCUCGUUCGGCAGUCGAAAAUAAUAUACCUGCUCAAUCGGUUGCAUCGGUAUCAAUCACUCCACUAGAUCAGAUGCGGAAGAGAGCUCAAAGCCUGUUCGUCGACAGAGUAGCUCCAACUAACACCGACAUUCAGCAAACAAGCGUUUUGACACAGUCGGUGGCAACCACAAAUAUCGCUUCAACUGAGUCAUCUUCUUGUAAUCUUCUUCAAGAUAUAAUACUUCAAAUUGAGGGUAGGCAAAUAUACGAUGAGUCAACAGAACUGGCCAAAAGACGACGAUGCGAGAUCCAGCGGAUGUUGAUGCACCCACAAUCUCAACGAAAUUUACCUCGAACUCGAGCAAAAACAUGUGACAAACCACAAAAUCAACAACAGGAACAAGAUUGUGCUUAUAAUCUACGGGGUGAAAACGGGCUGCCGAAAAAUGUGGUGGCCACAGCGAGCAAUGACAAGCAUCCGGAAGACGAAACAGUCGCCCCAUUUGUGUCGAGCACCUCAUUGGCUCAAAAACGGAAGAGAGCUAAAAGCCUUUUUGUCGAUAGAGUUCCUCCAAUUGAUACCGAUAUCCAACAACCAAAAAUUAUAAAACAAUUUGGGCCAGGAGCGAAAGUAUUACUUCCUUCUACUAUCAUCGUGCAACCAUUGUUAGCUGUCGAAGAACAAGUGUCUAAAAUUGGUGGCAUGGUUGAUAGUACAACAAAAGUGGUCAAAAGUCAGCAAAGUGGGCCCCAAGGGAAUACGUUGCUACCAGCAUCUCAGCGAGAUCCACGAAGAACACAGACGAACACACACGAUAAAGGACAAAACCUGCAGAAAAAAGGCCCCGUGGAAACUUCUAAGCGUCAAACACCUCAACCAACGAAGUCAGUUGAACGAUCGGUUCCUACAAAUAUGGUAAGCAUUGAUUCGGAACCUGUACUUGAUACUAGUUCUGCAGGAAUAACCAAUCAACCUGAGGUGUUGGACACACAAGAAUUAGCACGUCAAGCGGAUACAAUCCUAAAGCCAAAUACGGCAACAGAAGGCGGUAAAACGAUGCGAGAUAUGGUAACAGCAGGCGAUAAAAUAUUGUUUGUUGUGAAAAAGCCUGUGGCAACUACGAAUAUCGCUUCGACUGAGAAACUAUCGUCGUCUCGCAAUCCUCUUCGAAAUGUAACAUCUACAAUUGAUGGUAAGCAGACAGAGCAGAUAGAGCUGGUCGAAGGUCAGCAAUGCGAGAUCCAAAGAAUGUUGAUGCAGCCACAAUCUAAACGAGGUUUACCAAGAACUCGGACAAAAACAUGCGACAAGCAGCAACAGGAACAAGAUUACAAUCUACGAAGUAGAAACCCAUCGCCGAAAGAUUGCGUGACCACAGCUAGCAAAGUCGCCCAUUCGGAAGCAGAAAGUAACCCAUCUGCAACAUCAGCUCCGCUAGAUUCGAGCAUACCACUUGCUCAAAGACGGAAGAGAGCUCAAAGUCUUUUCUUCGACAGUGUUUCCCCAAACAACACCGAGAUUCUGCAACCAAAAGUUAUAAAACCAUCUGGGACAAGCGGGAAAGUAUCGACUCCUACUAUCACCAUGAAGCCACUAUUGUCUCUUCAAGCACAAGUGCCUAAAAUUGGUGCUAUAGUUAGUCAAAGUCAGCAAUGCGGGGUUCAACGAGAUACGCUGUUGUCAACAUCUCAGCGAGAUCCACGAAGGUCACAAACGAAAACUCGUGAAGAAGGACAAAACCUGCAGGAAAAUGAUCCCUUGGUAACUUCAAAGAGUCAAACUCCUCAACCAACUAGGUCAAUAGAACGAUCCGCUGCUAUAAAUAUAACAAGCGUUGAUUCGGAACCUGUACCAAGUUCAAGUAUUGCAGGAACAGCAAUCCAAGCUAGGAUAUUAGGCACACAAGAAGGGACAGGCGAAAUAGGUAGAACCCAAGAGCCAAACAUGGUUACGGUAGGGGGUAAAAUAAGGUUUGUUUGCCCAGAGUGUGGAGUGCAGUUCCCGAAGAAACCCGCGAUUCAGAAUCACAUGAAAAGAUGCCAAAAUGGUGCGGCUGCCGCCCUGCAAAUGACAAUCGAAUAAUAUUGACAAUACACUUGUAGUUAUCUCAGUUAAUAGUUAUCCCAGUGAAUACCAGAAGGAAUUUGAACAAAGAAUGUGGUUUUUAUCUCAUA